AUGGCUGAGCCCCUUUGUGGGGGUGAGCGAGACGCCGGGGGGCUCCUGGGGCAGGAGGGGCUGCGGCCUGCCCCGGACCCCCCCCCAAUUCCCGCAGCCCCUGCGGAGCCGUGCCCAGGGGUGACCCUCAGCGACAGCCUGCUCCUCGCUCGCGGCCGCCCCAGCGGCACCGUGCGCCUGGACCGGGAGAACAUCUGCUGCAUCGGCAGGAGCCGGGGAACGGGGGCCACCCUCAGCCUCUACCUGCAGCAGCCCCCCCCCCCCCGCCAUUCCAACCCCCUGGAAUUCCAGUGUUCCCAAACCCACACGAGGACACUCAGGGCCCUGAAUUUUGGGGUCUCUCCGUGUCCCCCCGCCCCAUUCCCUCCCCAGAAUCUCCUGAGUUGCCCCCAGGGUUGGUUGGAGCAGGGAUUCAAUCCCAGAGCAUUCCCAAAACGGGAAUUUUCACUCAGCAGGCAAAAUAAAAACCACGGGGGUUCUUCCUAUUUUAUUUUCCAGAACCAAAUUGAGAAGAUCGAGAAUUUGGAGUGUUUCCCCAACCUGAGGUUCCUCUGCCUGGCUGGGAACCGCAUCCAGAGGGUGGAAAACCUGCAGGGGCUGCCCCAGCUGAGCGUCCUGGACCUGUCCCACAACCUGAUCCAGGUGCUGGCCACAGAGGAGCUGCCCCGCAGCCUCCGGAUCCUGGAGCUGGCAGGGAACCCGUGCACGCGGCAGGAUGGAUACAGGGACCGGGUGCUGGCAGCCCUGCCCCAGCUCCUGCAGCUGGAUUCCCAGCCCGCCCAUGGAAACGCGGCCGAGGAAGGGGCGGGAGGCGGCUCCCGCAGCAGCGAGGAGGAGGAGGAGGAGGAGGAGCUGCUCCCUGAGCUGAGGGCUCCCUUCACUGUGGACAGAGGUUUCCUCGCGGGCGUGCAGCGGGAGCUGGCGGGGCGGGCGCGGUGGAGGCGCUCCGUGAGCCGGGAGGAGCACCGGGCGCGGCUGGAGGAGCUGCGGGAGCGCCGGGCUCUGCUGCUGGGCGCGGGGUGGGACGGCACAGCCCGGCCGUGUCCCCAGCUCUGUCCCCAGGGCGAGCCAGGGGCACAGCUGUCACCUCUGCCGGCGUCCGGCGGGUCCCAGCCAGCUCCUGGCGCCAUCCAGCCCCCAGGCGAGGCUCUGGAGAAGGAGACUCGUGCCAAAGGAGCAGGAAAUGGGCAGUUAUCCCAAAUAUCCUGCAGCAGCAGCCGGGAAUAAAGACUUUCUUCCCACCCCAGUCCAUGUGGAUGCCUCCCUGAGGGGCUGGAAAUGGGGGGAAGCACACACGGGGCGGUGGGCAGG